AUGGGAUCCCUAACCUCAGGCUACCACAAUGAUGCCGCUGUUCUUCGUCAUCAUACUGCCCACGUCGCCUCCAUGACUCCAAGACCUCAAAGCUCCACCAGUACUAGCUUGCAUCAUGUCCUUUUCCUCUUUGGCGGCGAUUGUGUUCAGAAGAUGAAAGGGGAUAGAUGGGACAUAGGGAUUCCUCGUCGGCUGAUACUACUAUGA